UGUCCUGAAAGCCUGUGUAAGAGCAUCUAAGCCAAGCUGGAGAACAGAACCUCAUCCAGGUGAAGUUUGUUCUGAAGCUUUUUCUGUUACCCUUGUUUACAAAGCAGUCAGGAAAAUUAGCCACUUCUUUGCAUGAAUGGGGUUUCAGUGAUGUUUAUGAACUCUGGGCAAAUGGUGUUAUUCCCAUGUUUGUUCAGCAACAUGAAAAGAGUUGUUCCAGGGUGAGUUGUUCUCCAGCUUCUCUGCUGAUGAUUAAACCCGGUCAAAUAUUUUCUUCCAUAAUUUGUAACCAAACCACCGCAAUACACUGAUGUCUGGCAGCUAAAGAGACAGUUGAAGCUCAUUACCCCAGUGUUUACAGUAAGCAAUACAAAUGGCUGAAACAGGAUUUUGAAGUAUUUACUAUCAAACCACUUUAAAGACUGUGUUUACAUACUUACUAUCACUUGUAACGUAACUCAUGAACAGAAGGCUGAUAGUGAAAUCCUUCAAGCAGGCAGUUCCGUGGUGGUUUAGGUAGAAGGCUUCACUUUACCUGGGGAUUUUCAGGUAAAGCUGUGUGCAGCAGCACUUGACAGCACACCAGGGACCGAGAGGAACCCAACAAGGCUGUACAGGAGCCUCUUGCACAGACAAGUGGCUAACACUGGUUAAAGAGGAGGAGGUGAAGGCUGUGAGCAUCCUGGAAUAGCAACUGGUGGUCUGACUCACCAGUAUUUUAAUCAGUCAGGCAUUCUAUUUAUUUUUACUUUGGAGCUCUUAGAUACUCAAGGGAAGUCUUUCUUUUUUUUCCCUCUUAAACAUGUUCGCUUCAAAUGGCAUUCAGUGGUUUAAGGUAGAGGUGUGUGUAGAGUGCUACAACUGGGUUUUUUUAGUCCCUUCUGACACAAACCGAAAGUUCCCCUUGCUGACAGCACCCAGCAUGUUCAAGUAACCGCCCCAGGCCCGUGCACAGUGAUAGCCUUAAACUGACAUGGCCAAAAACAGAACCAGCUUCAUUUCAGUUCCAUCUGAAACAUGGGCAGGCAGGAAAGCUCAUCGAUAGCAUGGAGCAGGGCAGGGCGGCAGCAAGGAGGUAGGGAUAAGGAGAAGGGGUGGCUGGGGGCUGAAGGGGUUCUACGUAUAUAUCUGCUCCUUGGGCCCCAAACCAGGUCUUUAGUACAGUUCAUUUUUCAACAAGUGUCUUUUUCUUUCUAUGGUGAAAGCUGUGUUUUGCCGCGCUGGGAUGUCUUUGUGUGGUGGUUUUGUCACUCAUAGUCUGAAUGGGUUCUUUUGGCUGCAGACCUGGCACUUUCUCGAAUCCUUGCUGACAGUUGUUAGGACUGGAAGGUCCCCAAAAGGUGUAUGUUCUUCUUCUCAGCUGACAUUCCGUGCUCUAGUGAUGCAUAAAUCCCUGGCUCUUCCCAGCUGUUGCUUUGUUGUAGUGGUCAGCAAAGCAACAUUGCUGAAAUGCUACUUGUGUUGUUUUAAUAAAGCACUAGCAGCUGCAGAAGAGAAGGCUGCCUAAGUUAAUGUAUUGUUCAUCAAACUCUGCUCAAUAAGGAAGUGGGAAACCUCACUGAGACAACAUGACUUUUUUUCGCUUUUUCUUUUCUCUUCAAACUAAAUGUCAAUGUGAAACUGCUGAACCUUCACACUCAGACCAGGAGAAGAACUUGGCAUACUUCAUAGGCUGACUUAGGAAGUCUUACUUAUAUUUUAAAGCUCUUUCCCAAGUCUUUUUUAACCGAAUUUGUGGGCUACUCCAUAUAACGUUAACUGAAAUUCUCCAAAAAGUCAUUGGCAAAGGAGAUCUGAGCCAUGCAGACCAAGCGGGAUCCCUUGUGAUGGUGUGCUGCAGGGUGGUUUAGUGCUGGAGAGGUAUUUGCAUUCCUUUUUUCCAGCUAUGAGUCUCUCUUUCUAUACACAUACUAACUUCAUGAAACAAAAGAAAUGUUCUUUUAAGGUCCCUGCUACACAAAUAGCUUCCAGUUGAGAUGGAAAAGCUGAAGAGGGUGAAGAGGGACUUGUUUAGAGAAGAGAGGGAGGAGGAGGCUUUAAAGAAGUAGAAAGCACAUGGUUAUCUCUUGCAUUAAUAAUGUUUGAGUGUCUUCUGAAUUCUGACUCCCUACAAGCGUCAGAUGAUCUUAUCCAGUCCAUUAGCUUCUCAUAGGCAUUGUUUGAGGGAGGAGUUGCCCCUGCCUCCACAGACGACUAAUAUGGUGCUUGGCUUUCAUUCUGUAAAAACUCACUUUCUUUUUUACAGCAGUGAGAACUGACAUUAGUUAACCAGAGGUGAGUGUAAAACCUUUGUGAAGAUAAGGAGCAAGUAGUCUUUAACGCUGCUAGCAAAAGCCCAUUGUGGGUUAGGUGUGUAGUAUGCACUUUUAUCUACUGCAUCAUCACCCAACUUCCCCUUUUCUCCUUGAAAAUAAUAAGCCCAUACACACGUCUACAGAAGGAAGAAAGUCAGGGGUAUCGAAAUCAAGAAUUACAGUUGAAUCUAAGUGACAUGGAUGAAGGAGAGAAGGUUUUGAAAACCAGAGAAGCAGUUUGAGGUAUGAAGCAACCAUCCUACAGCUCAAGAACUUGAAGCUCCUCAUGUUGCACGUACAUAACUUAUGUCUGUACAGGAAGCUGUGCUCAUCCUGGAGUGGUGGCAAGUAAAUAGGCAGCUGAAACCACAGCUCCAGCGUGUCUCAUGUGGGUAAAUCCUGUUCUUAGUGGUCUUGCUGUGGAACCUCAGGUACCCAUUUACUGCUCCUAAGUCUCGCUUUCAUCUAGAACUUCCCUGAGGAGGGCUGAACACGGGGCCUGGGCCUGAGAGACCAAAUACGUACAUCCAAAUUAACGGGGCUUAGGAAUGCUUUGUGCCACCCCUCCAAGUGCAUUGCGCGGAGUUUACCCUGGUCAGUUCUGAAUACAUAGCUGCAAGAGAAGUGAGGCUUCCAAACUGAUCACAACAUUCUGUUAUUGUUUUUAAUCUGCCAACUAUGCUUUGUUGUACGUACCAUAAAAAGUAGUUGGGUUUUGAUUCUUCUAAGGACCUGAAGAUUGUGCAGCAACAGUUAAACUGGGCUGGGCUUGCAGCUUCUGUGCCUACACAGCCUUGUAGACCUGAGUCACACAUUAAACUGUCUGAGUGCUGGUGGCUGCUCUGUUAGAGGACAUUGCUUACAAUAGCUACCUCUUAUUUUUAUUUCAGUCGGCAAGUGAGGUAUGUGCUUUGUUGACUUUAAUCUCAGUAAUGUUUCCUUGUUAUUCUUUUCCAUUUCAGAGGGCAACCAAGGACACGCAGUUUUGCUUCUCCCCUUCUCCCUCUGUUGCCUUUUAACUAAGCUGAGAAGUGACUGGUAGAAUGAUGUAUUCUUUGGCGAUGGGGAUGGGUUUGUGCUGCAGACCUUGAAGGUCCUUGAAGGGGAGGCGAGGGCAAGGAGAGACAGAGUUAAUGCAAAUCAGGAGAGAUGACUCUCUGAACCUGGGAAAUGGCAGUGAUGGGAAUUACGUGCCAGGGAGCUCCUGAUCCAGCCGUCAAGCACAAGAAGGAGCUCACUGCUACCAAGGGGCUGAAUGAGACAGUGAGUGAAAAGCAGAGCAGUGUUUGCAAAGUAGAAGAGUCAAAGAAGGUCAUCUUCCACAGUCAGUGGAAAAUCCUGAAUGAUGUAAUCACCAAAGGAACAGCAAAAGAAGAAACAGAAGGAGGCUGUGCAUCAAUUUCUAUUAUUGCCCAAGCAGAAUGUGAAAACAGUCAGGAGUUCAGCCCCACUUUAUCAGAGAGAUCCUUUAUUGCUCAUAGUAAGUGUUACAGUAGCCGCUCAGACAGUCUCGAUCAAAUCCCUAACAAUGUGGCCCAUGCAAGGGAGGGGAAGAUGGCUCCUACCUGCUGGAGGGGGAGGCAGCGUGGGAAGACGAGAAAGAAACGUCACAAGAAAAGAUCCAAGCUGAAAAUACAAACAGUGGCUGCUGGCCAGCGAGGUCCCAGGACUCCAGAACAAGAGAGCUGCACUCCAAUUCCUGUCCAGGAGGACGAAUCACACCAAAAUAUUCUUUACAGAAACAGUUUUUGGGUUUCAGAAUUUAACAAGGACUCGCUCUAUGAUCCGUUGCCUUUUGAGAAACCUGAGAAAGUUCUGUCCAUGGGCAAACUCCACUCCCCAAGGAGCCAGUACAAAGCAGAACUGCACAAGUUGAUUAGCCCUAUUCAGUGCCUUAAUCAUGUUUGGAAACGGCACUAUCAGAAGGACAGUGUUCCACAGCCUGAAACUCUCCAUCCUUUUCCCUACAACAUAAUACCCCCUCAUUUCCCACAUCUGGACAGUCGUCUCCAUGCCAUGAAACAUAAUGCUCUGGAGACAAACUUCCAUGGUGAUCUCAACUAUCAAGACAGUGAGCAUCGCUUAUCUGGCCUAAACUUAGAAUAUAGUUUCUCCAAAUGCAUCAACCAGUCCAUGAAAACCAGCUCAGACAAGAUUUCUGUGGAGGAAUACUUGGUGGAUGCCUUGAAGGGGAGCGUGAGUCUUGGUGAACCACAGAAUUUAGCCAGCCUAGCCAAAACGUGGAGAGGAGGUGGUCUGGACCCGAAGGAGCAAUUUCAUGAAGCAGAUGAAAAUGAAGGCGUGCUACUUACUGAGAGACUAAAGCCAGUGGAUUAUGAGUACCGAGAAGAGGUUCAUUGGACCAAGUGUCAUGGUUCUUUGGGCAUUGGCUCUUUUGGAGAAGUAUACAAAAUAGAGGACAAACAGACAGGCUUUCAGUGUGCUGCCAAAAAGGUACAAGUUGAACACUUCCGUGCAGAGGAACUAACAACAUGUGCUGCAGUGACAAGUCCUAAAGUUGUCCCCUUGUACGGAGCUGUGAAGGAAGGACCAUGGGUGACCAUCUUCAUGAAGCUGAUGGAGGGUGGCUCACUAGGUCAGCUAAUUAAACAGAGUGGCUGCCUGCCAGAGGACAGAGCCCUCAGUUAUUUGGGCCAGGCAUUAGAGGGCUUGGAGUAUCUUCAUGCUCAAAACAUUCUCCAUGGAGAUGUAAAAGCGGAAAACGUGCUCUUGUCUGAUGAUGGAAGCAGGGCUCUUCUGUGUGACUUCGGUCACUCUGCUCACCUCCAUCCAGAUGGCCUGGGGAAGUGCUUGGUCACAGGGAACUAUGUGCCUGGCACAGAGACUCACAUGGCUCCGGAGGUGGUCAUGGGAAAGCGUUGUGACUCCAAAGUGGAUGUCUGGAGCAGUUGCUGUAUGAUGCUGCAUAUGCUUAAUGGGUGCCACCCUUGGACCCAGUAUUACAAUCACCCACUCUGUCUAAAGAUAGCUAAAGAGCCACCUCCUCUGAGGGAAAUUCCACCUUCCUGCAACCCUCUCACUGCUGAGAUUAUUAAAAUGGGUCUGGAGAAAGAGCCUGUUCAGAGAGCAUCUGCGUCUGAACUGAAAACUAAAACCAGUGUCGCACUUGAAGAAGUGGGAGGUGUGACAAGCCCCUGGAAAGGCGAAUACAGAGAGCCUAGGCAUUUAUCUCUGAACAAAGAAAACACUCCCCAGACAUCCCUGUCCCCCACAGUGAGCCCAGUUUCUGAGACUGGUUCUGACCCAAAAUUGGCAGUCAAAGUUUCUUGUGCAAGCCCUGCCCUGUCACCGCCAUCUCUGGAGCAAACAGAGGAGGUUGAAGGAACACCUUGGAAUGUGUGCAAGGAGUUACCUGAGGCCUGGGAUCCUCCACCUCUUGCCUCAGCUCCUCUCCCCCUGAAGAGCUGCAGCCAUGUGGAGAGAGCAACAACCAUUUCAGAGCAAGAGCUUCAGCAGCUGGAAAUAGAACUGUUUUUGGACAGCCUUUCACAGCCUUACUCGCUGGAAGAGCAAGAACAAAUGCUUUCAUGUCUCAGCAUUGACAGCCCGUUUGUGUCAGAUGCCAGUGAGAAAAACUCCAUGAAGGCCUCUCAUAGCUUGAGGGACACUAUGAGCUCUGGGAUUCAUUCCUGGAACAGCCAGGCAGAUGGACAGAGCUUCAGCUGGAACAACCUGCGGAGCCGCAGUCGGCACACAGACACUCCUAGCUAUUUCAAUGGAGUGAAAAUCCAGAUCCAGUUGCUAAGUGGAGAAAAUUUACACAUCAGGGAUUUCCACAGGACAAAGGUGGGAGACAUUGCCACUGGGAUAAGCAGCCAGAUACCAGUCCCUGCUUUCAGUCUGGUUACUAAAGAAGGCCAGCCAGUUCACUACGACAUGGAGGUCCCCGACUCUGGUAUCGAGCUGCAGUGCACCCUCGCCCCUGACUGCAGUGUCAGCUGGACCUGGCGAGUCAAACACGGUCAACUGGAGAACAGGCCAUGAGGCUGUUCCUGUUUUGGAGGUUUUUACCUUGUUGAAAGAAGGAAUUGCAAAAGCUUCCAACCACCCCUGCCAUGGAGCACCAAGUGCAGUUGCUGGUGUUUUGUGCUGAAGUAGGAUAGCGGCUCAGCAGCUCGCUGCUCUCGGGCCUCACUUCUGUUGUCUGUUCUGAUCCAGUUCCAAGACAUGUCCUGAACUUAAGUGUUCCCCGGAACAGUGGGAAUUACUUGUUUUGGGUGUGAGUGUUAGGUUGAGCUUGAGAACGGUGGGUGGAAAUUCCUGCUUUUCAGAGGAAUGUGAUUGUGCUUUUCAGGAGCAGAGGGGGAUUGGAUGAGAACUCCUGUGGCUCAGCCUCUGAGGUGAAGCCAGUAGCUGCUGGGCUUGCCCAGAGGAGGAGGUUGGGUAUCUUCAGUGCAGCUGUGGUUGGUAGUGCCAGGGGGAGCUGGCUGGUUUUCCUCUAGCUGGAGGAAAAACAGCGUUUCUGUAGGCUUUGGGUAGCAUCAUCUCUACCUCAAGCCUUUUGCAUGGAGAAAAUCGACAGCAGUAACUAGCUGGGUUCUUGGUUUCACCUCCCACCCUUCCCCGCAGACACUUCCUUCUUGAAUCAGAAAAGAACUUUCUUCCCAGAAAGAGCUUUGCUUGCAGCUCUCAUCUUCAGCCUUCCUCCCUGACUGGUGCUCUCUCUCUGGUGUUGCUUCCAACUCUGGCAGGUAGGGCAGGAGGAGGGUAUGGUAUUCCUUGGUGGGAAUGGUGGAGGGGUUGUAUUCCUCCAUCCUCUUUCCACCACUGACUUGGGACUCCUUGUGGACUGUCCUAUGCAGGCAGCUCCCCCUGGAAGGGGAAAGGGAUGGCAGCUCCCCCAGCUCAGACAAGGGCUGAUUUUGACUACAGCAUUUAUAAAAACCUCACUCACAGCUAUCACCCCAUCCGGCCACUCAGCGCCAGGGCGGGAGGUCAGUGCCCCACAUGUGCGUGGUGUGUGAGCUCAGCCUGCCCUCACCAGCACUCAGGGACUGGCACGAGGCCUCCUAUCACUGCCCUUAUUGCAAGACGUGCUCAUGGAGUGGGGUGGGCAGCUGGGCCAGGAUGCCUUAAGCUUUCAACUGUUUUUUUUACUGUUGAGUCAAUUGUUUUGAGUGUACUGAAGCUGCAUGGGUCCCAUUCUGAUGGGCUGGUGUUGCUAACCCUCCUGUAAGCCAGAACAAAGGCAGAGGGAGGUGUAAGCUGAGUGUAUUUGUUCAGGACUGCUCAAAGCCCUUACACACCUGGAAAUCACUUGGCAGGGUGCUGUUGCUCUUCCAGAGUGUUGUAACUGGAGUGGCCUCUGAGCAGGGGCUAACUACAUCCAGGCUGAACAGAGAAACAGCUCCCAAAAAGCAAGGUAGGCUCUGCCAGAUCUGUGCUGGUUCUGGGGGCACAACAGGGCAGGAAUGUUGGCAGUUUCCUCAAGUGAAGUUCACUUAGGAAAUAGCUGGGAAGGUUACACUCUGGGCCUCCCUUUCUGAGGAGCAGUGCUCCUUCAGCAACUGAUACUCCUUCCCUUUGGUCUCCCAGAGCAUGGGCUGGUUUCGAUACACAAGGCAGUGACAUCCCUCAUCAGAAAACUAAAGUUGUGAUCUAAUAAAAAAGUGGAACUCGUGAGGAAAAAUGGAACCUGUCACCACUCUGGGUAUAGUUUUUAUAGCACUUUUUGUUCUAAAGCACUUAAUACAUUGUCCUAAAUAGGUACCUAAUUAUAUCUGCAAUGCCACAUGAAGAGUCUUUUUAGUAAACAAUGAACACACUAUGCACAUGUCUUCCAGGAAGGAGUGGGGGGAGUGGGUAGGUUGGCUCCAUUGCUGUUUCUCAGAUGCCAUAAGCUACUAAGAAUUGUAAGCUCUGGAGCAGGAGGGAUCAAAAUGCCUCUCCCGAGCAUGUAUUUGGUGCACCAACCAAACUCCCCACGCCUGGCACCCUUCCUGGGCUUCCUGUGAGGCAGGGAGGAGAGAAACCUGUUGGUUGUUUCUAAGAAGAGUCUGUUGGUGAUGUGUCAAUCUGAAAUACGAAAGCAGGGUCUGUUCCCUUCCCCAAGGCUGCAUCUCGUGGCUUUCGCUGCAAAAUGCUUCGAUGUACAGUUGUUUGGUACAUGGGUGCGAGACUAAAGUUCUGCCAAGUAGGAGGGCGGGAUGCAGCAGCCCUCUGUUCCCAGGGCUUCUGAGCUUCACACUUCAUCUACAGCAUUAACAUUAAUAUCAGGCCACCUACGCGAAUGGGUGAAAGGCAGUGAACUCAUGUGAACCCACAAUGUCUUCACUGGGUAGAUGGAGACGUCUGUGUCCUCCUGUACCCUCACACCAGCAUUAGCCAGUAUCUCCAUCCUGUUUCGUCCAAAACCUCCAGUCCUGUGUUGCUACCACGUCAGGUGAGAAAGUGAGGCUGCAGACUUCCACCUCACGUAUCUUGUGCAAGACAGGCUGUGGCAUCAGCAAGCACUGCCAGAUGGGAAAGACUCUUUGGCUAAUACCACAAACCACGGGUGCUUUCUUACUGUCCUGAAUGUGGUUCUCCUCUCAGCAGGAUCUCCAGGGUUUUCAUGGUUUUGGUACCAGCUUGAGCUCUCCUCAACACACUCCUGCUGCCAGGACAGUUCCCUCUUACUUUGGCUGGUGAUUUUUGCUGUGACAGGCAUAAAAAGUCCAGCUUCCAGAGGAAGGCUGGCUGUGCAAUACUGACAGGAGAGACAAUCAGGAAAGCCUUUUAUUAUCCACGUUAAAACUUGGCUGGAAGUGUGUGUAAUAACAACUGGUCUUUGGGUAAGACCCCCAGAUCAGAGUAGGGAGGACAAAUAGCAGUAGGAGUCACAAACACAGAUGGCUUUUGUUGUGUUGCUCCUUCCAAAGGUCUGGAAGAAUCACUGUUGGAAAGCAAUGUGGAGCUGAUCACCUCUUUGGGAUGGGCAGUACUGGUGUGGGUGAAGGCGAUGGAAUGAUGAGCUUGUAUUGAACGAAUGACACUUUAUAAAACUGUGAUUUCUUGAAAUGAACGAUUUUGACAUGCAUUUUCACAGGGAAAAAAAAAUAAAGCUGGACAAAAAUA